AUGCGAGCCGCAUUCGAUAGCCAAGAUGUCUCUAAGUUGCAAGAGGUUGCACUGACUAUGGAUAGAGAGGUGUUUGCCUACCAUUUCCAACGCUGUAUUGAAUCUGGGUUGUGGGUGCCCAAUGCAAAAAGCAGGAGAGGGCGAGCAGGCAAGACAGCCGGAAAGGAAGCUGAGACAUCGGGUGCAGCGGAAAAGAGCUAA